UGAGCCGUGGAGGUGGACGAUAAACUGAUCGGCGUAUAACCGCGAAAGGUUCAAAAUGUUUGCGCCGUUUUUCCUCUUUCAAACGUUACAAAACCAUAAAGCCAUAAACCUUAAUUAGGUGGGGUCAUACAAACCAAUCAAGUGUUACAAAUCAAGAAACACCCUACUUCUUGCUUCCCUCCACUCUUCUUUCUCUCUCUCAAAUCUUCUGAAUUAUCUUAAUUGCACUUCUAAUUAAGUAAUUAUCAAUGCCAACACGCCAUUUUCGCGACAUCUCUACCGAUGAUUAUGAUGACGAUGCGGUCUUUUUCGUGGUAGAGGAGGAUGAGGAUGAGGAAGAGGGAGAGGAGGAGGAGGAGGAGGAGGAGGAGGAGGGAGAAGACGGUGUCGAAGCAGACGAGGUGAUUGAGAUUCCUCCUCCUUCGCCGCCUACGGCGGUGUUUAGGGUUUCGGAAAACGAGGACAGAGAGAAGCAAACGCUGAGGUUGAUUCAGGAUUCAGAAGGCACGACAUCAACAAGUGGAGGGUGUGGCGAAGGAGAGGAUAGUCAGAAGGUUGUGUGGAAUAGAGAGGAUGUUGAGGGCUUGUUUUGCCCUAUUUGUAUGGAGCCUUGGACUGCUUCCGGCGAACAUCAACCCAGUUGUCUUGCUUGUGGCCAUUUGUUCGGAAUGUCUUGCAUAAAAAAGUGGCUUGGACAACGAAGAAACUCAGGAAAGUGUCCACAAUGCAACAAGAAGUGUACAUUGAAGGAUGUCCGUAGGAUCUAUGGAUCACGGGUUGUUGUAGUUGAUGAAAAAUCAGAAAAGAGAAUGCAAUAUCUCGAGGCUAAAUGUGAUUCUCUUGAGAAGAAGGAGGAAGAAUGGCACAAAAAAGAAGCCGAGUGGCAUUUGAAACUGAUAGUCUCGCAGAAGAAAGAUGUAGAGAUUUGCCAGAAACUAAAGCAGCUUCAGGAGAGGGCAAACAUUCUUCAUCGUACAGUGGCAGAAUUAGGAAAUCAGCCAUUGAUCUCGGAUGCUGCUACUGAUGGUUUUCAACUACCAUCAGCUAGAGGGAUCAAAGUUGGAUUGACUCAAAGUCCAGUAUCUCCUUAUACGUUUAAAUUUCAGCAAGAGUGGCCAGUAGAUGGGGCGCGAUGCUUUGAUGUGGAUGAUACUGGUCAGACUUUGAUUAUUGCACGAAGACCGGCUAGGAUUGGUGGUCCCCAUAUGCUCACCAAAAUGAGUUUAGUUUCUCCUCAUGAGCAAGAAAACGUGCAACUACCUUCAUCAGUCAAAGCAGUCAGAGACUUGCAUACAUCUUCGUUUGCCAGACUUGCACUAUUGGCUUCAAUGGGGAAGAAACUAUCAGUUUUGAGCAUGGAAAGCAACAAUAUUGUCCUGGACUAUGAUUUACCGGCUGCUGCUUGGUCUUGUUCAUGGGAUAGAAACAGUUCACAUAUUGUUUAUGCUGGAUUACAGAAUGGCUUGCUUUUAGUGUUCGAUCUGCGACAAACUGGAAUGCCUCUAGAUUCGAGGAGUGGACUGACUUGCAAUCCCAUUCAUUCCAUAUACUCUCUAUUGGAGGACUUUCCAGGGCACACAGGAGUUAAGAAACUCCUUACUGCUUCUGCAGUUGGCUUGUGUGAGUGGAAUAUUGGUGAUGAACAUGAAGAGCCGUCCUUAGUUACAGAAACAGAAAAUCAAGGAGUUUGUAUAUCACUUGCUCACUGCCCUAGCAGUGAUAAUAUUGUGGCAACAUUUCGACCAAAAGUGGAGAUGCCUGACGAUCUAGGUGUUUCUCAAGUAACACAAGGUCCCUCUCCUACCAUGGGACACCAUGUUCUGGGUUCACAUGUCUUUUUGCAGAGAGUAAAUUCUAAUUAUCAAAGGUUUGGAUCAACGCUUGCUUAUGUACCUGGCAUUCGGCUUCCAAAAUCGACCAUUAUAGGAAUGAGGGAUGGUACUCCUGUGUUCGCAUGUGGAGACGAAGCAACAUCAAAUUUGGUAUUGCAAGAAUUGCCCUCAUUAAAUUUUAUACAGUCCCUCCAAUCCUAUGAUCCUAUCCGUGAGGUGAAAUACACUACUGCCACAAAACCAAGUCUGCUUUGCUGCUUGAGCCAAGACAGGAUGCAGUUCUUCUCUCAAAAGCUUUUGUGAGAGGAAGGUGUUCAACUGUUCAUUUAGAGAUUCCAGUGAAGUCGGUUCCUGAAAGAGCUGAGGAUAGUAAAGCUGGGAUGGUCGGAGCUUCACAGCAUAUAUGCUUGGUUAACAGUAAUGUAAAUUUGUCAAUGUCAUACAAAUUGUUUGUAAAAAAGCACUGUUGGUUUAGCAGGAAUUGAUCGAGUCUGUAUGUCUGAUUAUCAGGUGAAUUCCGACACUUUUGCAAACAUGGGUUCUGAAUAUUCAUAUGAGAAGUUAGUUCUUAUCAA